UCACAUAACAGUUCUUAGCAGCAAGCAGAACCUCAGUUGGGAGCCAGGCGAAGAACAGAGACACCGAGUACUAACAGCAACAGAGAUGGCAUCUUUAGGUCUGCAGAUUCUUGGGGUUGCUUUGGCUAUGCUUGGGUGGCUAGGAAACAUCCUGAUCUGUGCGUUGCCCCUUUGGAAGGUCUCUGCCUUUAUUGGGAACAACAUCGUUGUGGCCCAGACCAUAUGGGAAGGCCUGUGGAUGAGCUGCGUGGUGCAGAGCACAGGUCAGAUGCAGUGCAAGGUCUACGACUCCCUCCUGGCUCUGCCUCCGGACCUCCAGGCAGCUCGGGCCAUGAUCAUCAUCGCUAUCCUCUUCUCUCUGUUUGGCCUUCUGUUGUCUGUGGUUGGCGGCAAAUGCACAACCUGCAUCGAGGAUGAAAGAGCCAAAGCCAGGGUGUGCAUCUCUGCAGGGAUCUUCUUCCUCCUAAGCGGGGCUCUGUGCCUUGUGACUGUGUCUCUGCCAGCCAACAGCAUCAUCAAAGACUUCUACAGCCCUUUGAUUCCAGAUGCUCAAAGAAGAGAGCUUGGUGCCUGUUUGUAUGUUGGCUGGGGAGCAGCAGGACUGCUGCUGCUCGGCGGAUCUCUCCUGUGCUGUCAGUGCCCAGCAGGAAGGGAGCGCUACAACGGAGGGAAAUACUCUGCCCCUAAAUCCACAGCACCAGCAAAGGAGUUUGUCUGAGCUGCUGAAGAACAGAAAGAAGCUCUCGCUGAGAAGGAAACAACGGAACCAGUCUCUUCUCAAGAUGAAAUCUGCAUUUUGACUAAUUUUCUUUGACUAACACAGACUCCUUUUCUGUUGAUGAAAGAUGGAUUGAUUAACUCGUGAAAUUUUAAGGUUUUCUUUCUUAAUUCUUCAAUGCAAUGUCAGAUAUUUUCUAACUCAAUAGACUUUUUUUUUUUUUUUGGAAAUACAAGCACUUGUUUUGUAUCUAAGCUUUCUGUGU